CUACCCAAAAUAUAUAUUCUUUUUUUUUUUUUAUUAUUGAACUUAAGCCCGGCGGCUAUGGCCAUUAGCUGUUGUAGGGGUUAUGAACUGUGGUAGGGGUAAGGUUGGUACGGUAGGUUGGUUUAUGAUUGUUUUUUAACAGUUGUUACGGUAGGUAGCAAACACGUGUAUGUGUGGCAAGGUUUUUAACUACUAUGAACCCGGGUGGUCACCCAUCCGGGAGCUAGUAAUCGUGGCCGUUACUUACUCCCAGUCGCAUUCCGCGACUGGUAGCAGCCAACGCGCCACGCCAAGCCACAUAUAUUCUUUUACUAAAUUGUUACCAAUAUUUAAAGUUAAAUAUAUGACACCAAAGUAUAUAGUGAACACUGAACAUGCAGGUACAUGCAGUUUCAUUAAAUCAGGACCAUAUGAUACCUAAUAUAAAAUUCGAAAACUACUUCUUUCUGCAAUAUGACACAAUAAAUAAUGAAUUAAAAAAAGUGAAUGUAGUUACUUAAGACAGGAUAAAGACGUAUUUUUUUUCAAAUUGUGGAUACGAUGUCAUAAAACUACAUUUGCUUCAAUAUAAUAUGGAAAUACGUAAUAAAUAUGAUACGUAAAUAUCAAAUGCAUAAUUCGAACACUCCACUGGUGAUAACAACAACCUGGUUGGUUUACUAUAUACUGUGGGGGGGGGGGAAUCACGUUCCACUACAAAAGCAUCGGACACCCACAAUUUAUCACCAUUCACAUUCAGUUAAGUCUGCGAUCAACACACAUACGAUGAAAGUAUUAUUGUUUUCUGAGUGCGCAUUUGCGUUGUGGGCCUACGUCUUGGCAGUAGAACAACCAGCUAAGAACACAAAACCAGACGAAUCACAAUCUAAGAGAAGCGUAUCCGAAUUGAACUACGGAUUCGGCGGCUCUGAAAUUGCGAGCGGCGGCUACGGACACAGUGACUUCAGUGGCAGACUCGGUGACUUCAGUGCUGGACACGCUGACUUCAGUGGUGGACACUCUGACUUCAGUUCUGGACACGCAGACUUCGGUGGAGAAUACGCAUACGUUGGCCACCAACAUCACGUACCCGUCAAGACCAUAACCAAAAAUGUACCACAACCGUACCCCGUGGCAGUAGCCAAACCGUACCCAUACCCGGUAAAAGUGGCCGUUCCAGUCGACCGCCCGUACGCCGUUGACGUGCCACAGCCAUACCCCGUGCACGUGGAAAAACCAUACCCCGUCAAGGUUCCAGUGCCACAUCCAUACCCAGUCGUCAAGGAGGUUCCAGUGCCCUACAAGGUGCCCGUCGACCGCCCGUACCCAGUUCACGUUGACAAACCGUACCCCGUGUACGUCGAGAAGCGAGUGCCGUACCCAGUCGAGAAGGCUGUCCACUACCCGGUCAAGGUGCCCGUCGACCGUCCAUAUCCAGUGCACGUACCAGUCGAGAAGAUCGUACCAUACCCGGUCGAAAAGCCCGUCCACUACCCGGUUAAGGUCCCCGUCGAACGCCCGUACCCCGUACCAGUGGUGAAGAGUAUCCCGUAUCCGGUCGAGAAACAAGUGCCGUAUCCAGUGGUCAAGGAAAUCCCGUAUCCAGUCAAAGUGCCCGUCAAAGUCGAAGUAAAAGUACCAUACCCAGUCAAGACUUACCAACCCGAACACCACUACGAACACCAGGAACACCAUGAAGAACACGAUUACCAUCACGGAAGCAGUGGAUAUUAAAUUAACUCAAGUCUUAAUCUAGUCACACUAUACUCGAGUCAAAAUGUGUACUAUUUUUUCUAUAUUUUAAUAAAAUGGAAACGUUAAGAAAAUAUUA